AUGAUGUCCAAAUUGAGACUAUUUUGGAUUCUAUCUGCAGCUGCAUUGACCGUGUCAAGCUCUCCGUGCAACCCAACUCAAGAUAAGUCUUGUGUUGCCCAAAACGACGCCUUGAGCACUGCUGUUUUCGAGCCCUUGACGAAGGCGCCAACACAUCUUCUGCUGAACGUGGCUGCACCUUCAAUCACAUUUGGAGCCGAAGGCGCCAAAAUGAGGAUCUUUGAACGGGGCGAAAACCCCCAGCUUUUCUCUACCAGCUACAUCUUGUAUGGGAGGGCCGAGGCACAGAUCAGAGCGUCCCACGGAAAGGGCGUGAUCUCGUCGAUGUACAUGCAGAGUGACGACUUGGACGAGAUUGAUGUUGCCGAGUUCUUUGGCGGUGAACCCCACAAGUUCCAGACCAACUACUUUGUCAAGGGCAACAUCUCCAACUACGACAGAGACCGUUACCACAACGUGUACGACGAUCUCACACAAGAGUGGCACACGUUUGGCGUGGAGUGGACUCCCGAAGCAAUGUUUUGGUACUACAACGGGCAAAUUGUGAGGAGAGUUCGGAGCGCUCACAACACGCAAGGGUUUCCUUCGUCGCCCAUGCAGUUGAAGUUCAGCUUGUGGGUUGGCGGCGAGCCCAAAAACCACCCGGGCACGAUUGAGUGGGCUGGCGGUGAAGCGGAUUGGAAAGAACUUCCGUACGAGAUGGGCAUUCGCAACGUUCGUCUUGUAGACUACUCAAGUGGUGAGAAGUACGUGUACGGUUCAGGGCAAGACUUAACGGCACAUAGAGGGCAGGUUUUUGGAAAGAAGAAGAGGGAUAGCAGUCAGGAAAAGGGUGAGGUUGGCAAUGGCAUUGGCAGCGUUGUGGAUGAUGAGAAGGAAGAGAUGUGUGAUGACGAGAGGGUUCUAGAGAAGGUUCCUAAGGGAGGCGGCGAGAAGAAGACCGAAGAGGUGUUUGAAGGAUCUGGUUCCCGAGUUCAGCUGGGCUUCAACGUGCUGUGUGUCGUCCUGUUUAUGAUUUAUCUCUUUCAGAAUGUGCUCUGA